AUGGACCCAACCGGAGCAACCGUACCCGGAUCCAUUUUACCAGGACCCGAGUUCGAGUCCCUCCAAUUCCGAGAAGAAAUCCACCGACUCAUGGCCGUGCCACCGGAGAACGCCAGCUCCUUCACGGCGCUUCUAGAACUUCCGCCGACCCAAGCCAUGGAGCUCCUCCACCUCUCGCCGGAGGCCAACUCUACUCCGACUCCGGCCGCCAUCUCCGGCGAGGCGCGGGUCCAACACCCUUUCAAUUCCAGCCUCACCUUCCCUGCAAACCCCGCCUUAAUCGAACGCGCCGCCAAGUUCUCGAUCUUUGCCGGAGAGGGCUCGCCGGAGACAAGCUCCAUGCCGUCCAACUCCGGCGCGGAUUUGGAGAAGGUGAAGACCGAGCCGGUCGAGACCGAUUCGAACCCGAACUCAUCCCAGCUAACGCUUGACGCGACCAAGAACAACCAGAGGUCCUCGGCGAAGAGAAAGGAGCGAGAGAAGAAGGUUAAGCUCUCGACGAAGAAGAGCAAGAGCGAAAUCAAAGAAGACGCCGACAAGGUUCCCUAUGUUCAUGUUCGUGCUCGGCGUGGUCAAGCCACAGACAACCAUAGCUUAGCAGAGCGAGCGAGGAGAGAGAAGAUUAAUGCGAGGAUGAAGCUGCUGCAGGAGCUGGUCCCAGGAUGCAAUAAGAUUUCAGGCACCGCACUGGUUCUGGAUGAAAUCAUCAAUCACGUGCAGUCCCUACAACGUCAAGUUGAGUUCUUAUCAAUGAGACUUGCGGCAGUCAACCCAAGAAUUAAUUUCAACCUUGAUGGUAUAUUGGCUGCUGAAAGUGGAUCUCUAAUGGAAGCUAACUUCGCCAAUAUGGUUACACCUCUGAUGUGGCCAGAAGUCCCAAUCAAUGGAAACAGACAACCGUAUCAUCAGCAAUGGCACUUUGAUACUCAUCAGCCUGGUUGGGGGAGGGAAGAAGAAACUCAUACUUUCAUUACUCCAGAGACCUCCCUUAUCAGUUGCGACUCUUCAGCAAAUUCAGCAACUCUGCAGACAAGUCAUUUGAAGAUGGAGAUGUGA